AUCCCUAGGGGGUUGUCCGGAGAGGAACCGGGCUGCGGCAGCGGUGGAAGCAGCGCCGUGCCGCCGGGGACAGCGGCGUGAGGCCGGUUAGAGCACCGCCGCUGGCUCGGAGUCGGGUGGCGAAGCCGCGUUUUGGGUUGUAAAUAAACUUUGAAAAUGCACGCGGUUACUGCUUGGCGAUGGGGAAGCGGAGUGCCGGGAAGAAUGCUGAAGGCAAGCCAGAAGCGCUCCUUGGCGCUGUCCUUACGGUGCGUGGGCACGCUGCUUGUGGUGCAGAGAUGCUGGGCUUUAAUCCUGUACGCAGAUCAUAAGCGUCUUCGUAGGAGCUACUUCCAAAAUAAUAACGUUUGGUACCGCACCACGCAUAGGCUGUUUCGAGGAUCGGUCCCGCUUCAUGGCACACACAAGGGUUUGCUCAGCGGAGGAGCGCUGGCUCAGCUGUCACACACACAGCUCGCUGUGCAAGCCCCGUGCCAGCUGCCCGCGUUGUGUCUGUGGCUGUGCGAGCCUGUCAGGUACCCCGGCACCUCUCCUGACGUCUCACCCCAGCUGCCCUCCUGCAGGGCUCCUUCCAGGCGCUACCCAUUUGCUCCUUUAUUCGCUGAUGGGUCAUGGGGCGAGAAACGUUAUGGUGCGGUCAGAUUUAGAUUUAACACAAUGCUUGGGACCCUGAUCCUUUUGUAAUAACGGGUGCUUCCCCCUCCUCCUUGGGGAAGACGACGAGGCAGGUUUGUUCCCCUUACUGUGUUACCAGCUUCCUUGAGAACCGAGGAGACGCGGUCGCUUUUGAGACCUGCCCUUCAACAGGAUUUCUGUGAAACUGUGCUGCAGGUUUAAGAACUGGCAGUGACAGACAGCAGCAGACAAAUAGUUACAGCUACGGUCACAUAGCCUCGGCUUACUUCACAGUCAGCUUUACUUGAAAGCCAAGUCUGAGAACGUCCCAGUAGGUGAGAGGAAGGUAAGACUUCUUAUGUUUGAAGAUGCCGCUCUUCGGGAAAAUAAUUGUAAUUAAACGGAAUGGGACUGAUGGAAUUCACUUUCCACUCACUGCAAGUUCUUGUUUAUUUGGAAGACUUAAUUGUCUUCAGGAUCUCAACUCUUUUAUCCAAUUAAGGAGAACAGAAUGUGACAUCCGCAUCCAGUUGCCUCAGGUCUCAAAAGAACAUUGUAAAAUUGAAGUAAAUGAAAACGAGGAGGCAAUCUUGACAAAUUUAAGUACAGUAAAUCCUACGCAGCUGAACGGUAGCUGUUUUCAGCAACCUGUACCUCUGCAGCACGGAGAUGUGUUAACUAUUAUUGAUCGUUCUUUCAGGUUUGAAUAUCCUCUCCAAUCAACUCCAAGAAAGAGGCGUUCCAGAUCUCUGAAAGAUGAAACGCGGCAGGUUCUUCAUGUUCAGCAGGUGGCAGAAGUGGAGUUAUUACAUAAGCAAACUUCAGGAUCUAAAAGAUCUUCAGAUCAUUCUGAGUGCGAAGAACAAAAUGCUGAUGAAAAUAAACAAAGUACAGAGGAAAAUAUGUCCAAAGCCUUACCAGUUAAGCUACAAACACCCAAAUCUUCAUAUAAGACAAAACAAUCUAUUAAAAAGGAAAAUGAAAUGUCUCCGUUUAGUAGACUCUAUGAAACACUGAAACAUGAGAUUAAAGUGAAAAAAACUCUGCAAGAAGGAAAUGUACCUGAAAAAGCUGAAAAAGAAGGUGGUAAGGGUGCUCUGCAAGAACCAAGUGCUCGAAUUGCAUCAAGUUGUGAUCUUGUAAGCCCGGCUAAAGAAAAAGAAAUAGGCAUAAGUGAAAAUAAUGAAGAAUAUAAGAUGAAACAAGAAGUAAUUAGUUCAGAAUUUAAUCAAAUCUCAACAGUAGGAAGUGCUACCAAGAAAUGUUUUACCAGAAGUCCGCAAACUUCUAUUUCAAAGGAGGUGACAAAAGGUAUUGGUAAGAGAAGUAACUUGCAAGAUCAUAAGGAAGUAAGUACGCCAGGUAAAUCUAAAGGCACUGAAGUUACAGCCAAAACACCCAAACCCAGUAAGGAGAAUGACAGCAAUGCAGCAUGUUUGCUGCAGCCAUGCUCCAUAGAACGCUUGGGUUAUGCGGAUGAGGUGAAAAUCUACAACUCUGCAAUAACAGCAGAGAAAAUAGCACAAACAACAAACAUGACGAAGGUUUCUGAAGUAGAUAAACAUGUGUCUACACCAACCCCCAGAAGGAAGAGUCCUCGAUCUUGUUUCACGUCACCUACCAAAGAAGCUACUGGGGUGGAUUCUGUAAAUAUUGGUACUCCAACAACUCGAGGAGGUGUGUCGUUGGAACGUAAGUCUUUUUCAGAAAUUUCAGCUGAAAUUCAAAGGGAAGAUUCAGUGUGCAGAAAUGAUAGCCUCCAACAACUGCCUUUGGCAGAAAAUAAAUGCUUAAAACAGAGACGAAAUAGUAAACAACAUACGCCAAGAAAAUCAGCGGAAGUAGAAGUGCUGAAAGAAAUCUGUGAUCAGACAAAUGUAGACUCAAAAAAGAGAGAUUCUGAGUCCCCUGCUUCUAAUUCCAAGAGUCCCAGAAGAAAUGUCAGACAAAGUAAAGAAUUUGUAAACAAAAGCAUCCAUUCAGAGACACCAAUUUCAGGAGAGUUAAAAUCAGAACUGGCAUCUCCUGCUAGUGAGAAAUCUGGCUCUGGAAGAAAAAGGAGUAGGCCAAGGACCUCUGAACUGCGAACUGAGAAAUCAUUGGAGACAAAUGCAGUUAAAGAACACCACAAUAAGACUGUAGACAGUCAGGACAGUGGAACUCAACAAGAUCUGGCCACCAAUGUGCGUAAUCGGAAAUCAGAUUUGGAAAAUGCCAGUGUUCCAAGACCUCAUAGAUUCUCGUCAAAAAGAAGGUCUUCUGGAAGUGCUAAUGUACUGGAAGGCAACGAGGCUGUUUCAGAAAUGAGUGUUUCUGGCCUGUUGGCUGAAGAAGAAUCAGGCAAGACAAAAAGAGUAUCUCAGAAGAGGAAGAGCGGUGAUCUGUUACCUCAGCCUUUAGGAAAGACAAAAAGAGUGUCUUUUGGUGGUCAUCUAAGUCCAGAACUCUUUGACAAAAGUUUGCCUCCCAACUCGCCCCUUAAAAGAGGUGCGAUUCCUGCAAGACUGAGCUUACCAUUUGGAGACUCCCCACGUGCAGUGCUGAAAAAGGCUCAGGGGCUGAAGCACUUUGCAGUCCAGGAACUUUCUGUACGUUUGCAAAAAGAAAAAAUGUCACCAAAAAAUUUGCCAGCCCAGGUGCCCCCAGCUGCCUAUUCCCCUGACUCUGGAAAAGCAACACCAGAGCUUACUACAAGCUCUCCAGCACCUUACACAAAAGGACGUUUCUCUGUUUCGCUCAUCACAACACCAUCACCAAUUGCAGAAGAGCAGAACGGUGUUGAAAAAGAUAUGAAUACAGAGGAGAAGAGUGGUGGCCAAGUGCAAACACCUACAUCUAAUCAUGUUAGCCAAGAUGAUAACACCUUAAUGGCAACACCAAACAAGUUAACAAAAAGUUCACAACGUAAUUCGAAGAAGACUCCCAUGAAGAGAAGUGGUGCUGUAGCAGUUAUCAAUGCAAAAAGAAGAAGCGGUGCCUCUACUGCCAAUUUACUAGUUGCAAAAUCUUGGGCAGAAGUGGUAAAACUAGGUGUUGCGAGACCACAGGCAAAGGCUGUUAAAAAACGUACCCAAAAAGGAAGACCAGUGAAGAAGAUAACAGAGUCACCAAAGACUCCAGAAAGAAAAAUAAAAGGUCAUUUUAGCACAGGUCAUGCAGAGUCUCCCGCUACAAUAGUUAUAGGUAGAGCUUACUCUACCACUGUCAGAAUGGCUGGAAAGGUCCCUAAAGUGGUGAAAAAUCCGAUCUUGAAACAAAACUUGAAUAUGGAUGAAAGCUUCACAGGACUGGGUGAGAUGUUUAAAACUCCAGAAAAUGAGAGUGGAAAAAGAUCACCUUCGAGCCCUGUUCAUAACAGUGAUUUUACACCAACGUGCACUGCAGCGGACGUUUCUGAACUGCAUACUCCCGAAGAAUCUGGAGAGAUGAUGGUGUCACCAUUAAAUACUCCAGAUGCUUCGGAACAGAAACUUGAUUGUCAAGACAUCUCAUAUCUUCUGAUAGAGAAGGAAUCUCCAAAGUCUGUGUUUGACAUAAUAUCCGCCAAAACUCCUGAAGGAAGAAAAGCUGUGCAGGAAGAAGAUCUUGAUGUGGAUAGUGUGUCAAUAAUUGCAGAGAAACAAGCAUCUCAGGUGAAAUUGGCAAGUAAAAGGAAAACUCCAGAUCAGAAGUUGGAGUCAGUUGAGGUUGUGUCAGGCAUCAAGCAGCUAUUAAGGACCCCAAAGAAAAAGCCAAAACCUGCAGAGGCCCUGUCAGGCGUCAAGCGGCUUAUGAAGACCCCAAAGCAGAAACCAGAGCCUGUAGAGGCCCUGUCAGGAAUCAAGCAGCUUGUGGAGACCCCGAAGAAGAAACCAGAGCCUGUAGAGGCCCUGUCAGGCAUCAAGCAGCUCGUGGACACCCCGAAGAAGAAACCGAAGCUAGCUGAGGUCCUGUUGGGCAUCAAGCGGCUUAUGAAGACCCCAAAGCAGAAACCAGAGCCUGUAGAGGCCCUGUCAGGCAUCAAGCAGCUCAUGGAGACCCCAGAGCAGAAACCAGAGCCAGCUGAGGCCCUGUCAGGCAUCAAGCAGCUCAUGGAGACCCCAGAGCAGAAACCAGAGCCAGCUGAGGCCCUGUCAGGCAUCGAGCAGCUCAUGGAGACCCCAGAGCAGAAACCAGAGCCAGCUGAGGCCCUGUCAGGCAUCGAGCAGCUCAUGGAGACCCCAGAGCAGAAACCAGAGCCAGCUGAGGCCCUGUCAGGCAUCGAGCAGCUCAUGGAGACCCCAGAGCAGAAACCAGAGCCUGUAGAGGCCCUGUCAGUCAUCGAGCAGCUCAUGGAGACCCCAGAGCAGAAACCAGAGCCUGUAGAGGCCCUGUCAGUCAUCGAGCAGCUCAUGGAGACCCCAAAGCAGAAACCAGAGCCAGCUGAGGCCCUGUCAGGCAUCGAGCAGCUCAUGGAGACCCCAGAGCAGAAACCAGAGCCAGCUGAGGCCCUGUCAGGCAUCGAGCAGCUCAUGGAGACCCCAAAGCAGAAACCAGAGCCUGUAGAGGCCCUGUCAGGCAUCAAGCAGCUCAUGGAGACCCCAGAAGAAAAGCUGGAGCCAGCUGAGGUCCUAUCAGGCAUCAAGCAGCUCACAAGGACCCCACAGCAAAAGUUGGAACCUAUUACAGAUGAAAAUGUCACAGGAGUUAAUUUAAUCCCAAAAAAUCCAAAAUUGGAACAUCAACCAGUAGAAGACAUGGUUGGGGUCAGCCGUAUUUUCAAAACUCCAAAGGAAAAAGUUGAACCCAUAGAAGAUAUGUUUGGAAUUAGUAGAUUAGUGCAGACUCCAAGAGAGAAAUAUCAUCCAGUUGAUGACUUUGUGGGUCUGAAGAGGCUUAUGGCAGAACCCAGACAGAAAAAUUCUGAUUCUGAAGUGGAUUAUGUUGGAGUUAAGGAAAUGUUUGGUGAGGAGACAAAGGUCAGGUCAGAAAAUGUUACGGAUCCUAAGCAAGAAGAUGCUGUGCCUCCUUGUGCUAAUGACAGUCGUGACUAUGGGGGGAAUAAAACUGUUUUAGAAGACACAGGAAAUACUUCACAAGGUAAAGAUUCUCAACAGAAUUUGUCAACUACUGAAGACCGCUCUACCCAGCGACUAACAAGGGGCAGAUCAAGGAAGACUGCACAUCCAACUUCAAUAAAGCAGUGUGAAAAGGAUUUAAAUUUAAAAGAACUGCAAGGUCUGGAGAUAAAGAGCAUCCAAGAAGAGAUGGGAGAGAUCAGUACUUCAACUUCAAUAGCUAAAAAUACAGGAAGAAGAAAGAGAACAAAUCCUUGCAUGGAAAAAGAAAUUGUUUCAAAGCAUCCUGAUGAGAAAACAGUUGAAACCGUUUCACUUGUGGAAACGCAAGUUGAUACUCAAAGACCAAGAAGAGGCAAAACUAAAGAACCAAAGGAGUUAAAACAUCCUAGUGAGGAUCUUGAGUCUUGUGAAAGAGGUUCUUCAGUGCUACAAAAAGAUCCUGCAAAUAGGAAACAGGCUUUGCAGGAGUAUGACAUCAAUGACACAUCUGUAACUGAAGAUGAUCAAAGCAGAAAGACAGAAAGCGUAUCUAGUAGCAGUCAGGAUGAAAAUUAUCAACUGCAAACAGAUUUAAAAAAAUCUGAAAACACAUCUGACAAAGGUAGUGUAGAAGACAGGAAAGAAAUUCUUCUAUUGCAUCAGAAGAGGUCUAGAGGAAUGAAAAAUAUAGAAAACACAGAAGCACUGCUUCUACCUAAAAGAGGAAGAAGAGCUAGGAAAGAACAGGUUGAACAAGCUUCUUCAGAGGAGCUUCAUGGGACAACAAGGAAACUUCGUAAAGACCAAUCAGCAAAAUUACUACAAGGUGAUGAGUGGACUUCUGAGACUGUCCCCACAGAGGAAUCUGAAAACAGAACUAAACUUGAAGUAAAGAUAACAGAAAAAAGACGUAAGUCUUCAAGAAAUGCUAGAAAACACCCAACGGAAGUAAAAGCAGAUGUUUGCGGGAUGGCACUUGAAAAUACACAGAAUGUUCAGAAAGCAAAGGAAACUUCAAACGAAACUGUUACCGAAACACAAUCACCCACCAAAAAUGAGAGGAAAGUAUCUCUGGGAGAUGAAGCAGAAAGUGCUCAGGAAAAUACAACAAAGUCAUCUCAAAGAUUAAAGUCAAAAUCACCUUCUGGAGAGACAGAUAAAAUGCCAAUUACUGUUCUGAACUUGGAAUCAAACAGAAGCUCAGUACAAGAAGCAAACAGAACUAGAAACAGGAGAGGGAAAAAAGACUCUUCAGAGAAAAAGGCUGAUGAAUUUGCCCAGGAUGUAAACAGCCUAGAUCUUAUGCCCAAAUGUAGGUCAGAAACAGAGGAAUCUUCUCCCAAAGAGUCUUCAGCCUCUAGUUGUGUCAAGCAGUCACACCAAGUAAUGAAAGACCAGAACAACACAGCUGACACAUCAGUAACUACUCUAAACAGCAACGGUGUUGCUCAGAGCCGUCAAAAACGGACAAGAAAUGAGCAGGAAGCAAAUGAACCAAAGCAAACUGAAAUCUUGCAAGAGAAUCAAACACAAAAUAACAGAACUACACAUAGAAGAGUUAGAGGUAGAAAAGUUAAUUUUAGACUUGAAGAAGCCAGUUCUGAAGCUCUAGGAGAAGAAAGGAAUUUACCUGGGACUGAGGAAGGAAUGACUUGCAAACGUGAUCAACAUGAGGCUUCAGAAAAUCCUGUACAAGUAAGGAGGAGCAAAAGAAGGCACGUUGAUUCCAUUCCACAAGCAACUUGUUCUACCUUUACGAAGAAGGAAACCUUAAUUAAAGAUCAUACUAAAGAUGAGACUUUUGCAAAAGAUCAAGAUCCAGCUUUGGAAGCUAUUCCCUCUUCAACAGAAGAGGUUCCACUGAGAGGACGAAGAAGGCGAGAGGUUGCUGUAGCAUCACAAACAGUGAGUUCUCUUUCUAUCAGAAAAAAACGUAGGUUGCUAGAAGGUGAUGAUAAAAAGAUGACUGUGAAAGAAGAUCAAAAUCCAGCAUUGGGAAAUAACACUUUGCAGGCAAAAGCAAAUGCAUCAGCAAGGGACAAAAGAAAAGAGAUUGAUCUAGCAGCAGAGGCAAAAAGUUCAGCUUCUCUCCGGAGAAAACGUGGCUUGUCAGAAACUGAUGAUAAAGAGGAGAGUACUAAUGAAGAACAAAACAUGCUUUUGGAAUCAGUGUCCUGUGCAAAAGAAAAGCCAUUAGGAAGGGGCAGAAAGAAAGAAACUCCUCCAGUGCCACACACAACUAAUUCCAUUUCUCUUAGAAGAAAACGUGGUUUGCCAGCAGAUAAUGGUAGAGAAGAGGCUCCUAAAGAUCAAAAUGUUCCAGAAGAUGAACCGAAAAGAGGCAGAAGGAAUGAAGCUGCCAUCUUGUUAGAAGCCACAAGUUCUACUUCUGCUCAGGGAAAACGUAACUUAUCAAAAGAAAGUAGCAGAAAGAAUAAUCGUAGGGAAGCUAAAAAAAUGAUUUCUGAAAAACCCUCUUCUGAAGAAAAAAUCGAUCUUUCAAAAGGGUACUCAGGGAAAAAGAUUAGUAUCGCUUCACUGGCUGUUAGUUCUAGUUCACUUCAAGGUUUGCCAGAAGAUGGUGAGAAUGAAACUCCUGAAGAGCAACAGGGUAUACUUUUGGAAGUAACCCAAUCAGCAAAAGAAAAUCCAUCGAAAGCAGGCAGAAGGAAAAGAGUUCCUUCCAAAUCUGAAGAAACUAGUUCAACUUUUCUCAGGGAAAAGCCUGUCUUGCCUGAAGACAGAGCUCAAAAAGGAGUUCCUAAAGAAGGUGAAGGUACAGCUCUGGAAAAUAAUUUAUCCCAGGAGAAACAUAGGCAACUGAGAAAUAAAAGGAAAAAUGUACAAUUCAAAUCAGAGGCAGCUACUUCUACUUCUCUUCACGAUAAUGACAGCUCGCCUGAAAAUGGCAACAUUUCGGAAACUCAGUGUUUGAUAUCCACUGGCUCUGAAGGAAAUAAUCAGUCUGGAAAAGGAAAAGAGGUUAACCGUACCCAGCAAACUUCCACUUCUCGCGGAAGAAAACGUCUGUUGCCAGCAGAUGACUUACCACCCAAAAAAUUAAAAUCAGUUACAUGUGCUUAUCCAAAUGUACCACGUACAUCUAUUUUGCCAGGUUCCCCUCUUGGUUUGUUGACUUCACACUUUUUUGCUGGUUUUCACUUCUUGACACUACUAUAUGCGCUUCCCAGAGGAUUGGUCUGUUUUGGUUUGCUUUUCUACCAGUCUGGAUAGUUUCUUUUUGGGGGAGGUCAUCCUUCCCCACAUGGAUUUUAUUGUAUAUUAUAUAUUGGUGGUGUAUAUUAUAUAUCGGUGGUGCUUGGGUCAAUGCUCAUCUCUUGGAGCAGCUUCACUGAUCUGUGCCAUCUAGAUUCUUCCAUAGGUGUCCAGUGUGUUUGUUACAACUAAAAGCCUGACUUUGCACAGUUCUCGCAGGACAAUAAAAUAGUUGCUAUGCAUUCAUUUUUGCUGAUUUCUUUUCUUCAACGUUAGAUAUGUUUUAGUUUUACAUAUCGGUAGAAGGAAUUUUAGCUAAAACAAUAGCUAAUUGGUUUUGGUGCUCUCAUUAAUGUUAACCUACUUUCAGAAAUAGCUGGAAGUCCUUGGGGAUCUCUUUUAAAGGAUAUUGGAUGUGCAGAAGCGUGGGUUUUGUAACUGGUUUGUUGAACUCAUAGAUGUAGUCUUUGGAACGUAGUCAUUAGGGACAUCUCCCUUCAAAAACAAUGUAACUGAAGAUUGGCUUUUUAUAAAAUGCUUGAUUUAUGA